GCAAGUCCAUCCCUUCCCCCUCGUCAUGCAGACGCACUUCGAGCGAUCAGUAGGCGUCCAUGAUAGACGUCGACGGCGAUGACAACGGUGAAGUGUCGGCGGAUACAACCGGUUGGACGCCUGGAGGAGUUGGCAAUGGUGAGGGCACAUGGCAUGAUGACACGGGUGGGUCCAGUUACGGGGUAGAUGAAGGAGACGACGACGACGACACUUCCACGCAGCCGGGGGAGAUGAACAAUGAAGAUGGUGGUCGUCGUGUGGAGGAGGGGAUUCAAGGGCGUCCAGGCGAGGAUGUGAAUGCGGCGAAGGGUAAUCAGCAGAAGCGUCGUGGUGGGCGGCCUCCGACCACCAACCCGAAACCAAAGGUGCCGUGGACGUUGGACGAGAGGAUCCAUCUCGCGAGGAUGAUGCAAGAGGAUGACGUCAUCAUGGCGGACGCCAACGGCCAACAGCGCAUGAUGUCAAUGAAGGAUCGGUACGCAUGGGUGGUCGCACGGAUGAAGGAAGCCGGGUACAUGCACAGGACAGCAGAGGAUUGCCGGAAGAAGUGGACCAACAUGAUGACAACGGCGAAGCUCAUCCUCGACAAGCAACAGAAGAAGUCGGGGGAGCCAUCGUAUUUUGACAUAACAAUUGAGCAGCGGAGAGAGAGGAGACUGCCGCUGUCUUUCGAGAAGGCGUUGUGGGACGCGAUGACGUGGAAACUUGAUCGACCAUCCAUCCAGUGCGACAACACGAUGGCAUCGGAGUCACUCCCGGGGAAACGACAGGAACCAUCACCGACAGUCGGAUCCGACGCAACGGGGACGGAAGAGUCGGACAGCUCAAGCAAGGCACGCAGAACAGGGACCGGCAAAGCAAGGGUUCAUGAAGGCGGCUCAGCCGGAUCGUCCUUGAGCAAAGUAAUGGAAGACUCAACGAGAUCGUAUUGUCAGGGCCUUGACAAUGCGGCGGCCGCCCUGGCGAGAGCGACUACAGGAGUAGGCACGACAAUAUCAGCGAGAAAAGACAAACGCAACGGGCGUCAUGGGCGUGACAUGGUUUUCUAUAACGGUGUCACACGUCACGACACCCGUCUGUAUGAAGUGCGCGUCAACGAUGUCCAUGCGAUGGACAUCACGGCUGGAUUGGGGUAUGUCGGUGAUGGCGCUUUGAGCCACGUCCUCCUGUUUGUGACGAAGAGGCAUGAGCUGGUGCCAAACAGAUGGGAAGGUCCCCAUCGGGACGAGGUGGGGGACACCAUCAAGUACCUUGUGUCCGCCAUCGCCGAAGAGUUUGAGAACCGCAUGGACGAAACGCCUUGGUACGACACCAUCUUCGACCCCCCUUUGGAGGGCAGGGGGUACUUGCACGGGCUGGUGGAUAUAUGGGGACCUGAGGAUGACCUUCGUGUCCGUAAAUGGUGAUCGCCUUGGACGUUAACCGCCGGUGAUGUGUGGCGAUGUGAGUGCGGUGGCGACAUUUGAUUGCUGGUUUUUUUUCGCUGUCGUUAGGGUCGUUCCGUGAAUUGCGGUUCCGGCAUAGGUUAAACAGUCGCUGUUUCGCCAUAGUGUUUGGGAGAGAAGGUUCGAGGCACAAUGAGUGUGGAGUGCCGAAGCAGGUCAAUCCUUCCUUUUAAGGAAGCAAUCAAUGCCUGUUUCGAUG